AAGUUGGGGGGCGGAAUAAUAAAGCGGGGGAGCGAAGAUCAACGACAAAAACAGAGCGCAAGAAGAAGAAGAAGAGGAGAAUGGAAGGAAACCUCCGUAGACGCGGAAAUGGAGAGGCCCAGGGAUUAUUAACCCUACAUUGAAGGAGGUGGUGGUCGAGAUUUCCCCAGCGAGACCUUUCUUAUUUUUCCAGGGCCUCCCGUCUCUUCCUCCUCCGCCUUCCGCUUCGGAAUCGGUCCCUAAGGGGAAAAAGGAAAGGGGAGAGGAAAAAGUUUGCUUCUUGGUCAUUCUCUCUCUCCCACAUCCAUGCCCGAGACCGGAACCGCCGCGACGGCCGCAGAUCCGAUCCCCACGACGCGGAAUUUCCCAGAACCCGCCCAGGAGCACCGGUUCCGCGGCGUCCGGAGGCGGCCCUGGGGCAGAUUCGCCGCCGAGAUCCGGGACCCGUGGAAGAAGGCUCGAAUCUGGCUCGGCACCUUCGACUCCGCCGAGGACGCAGCCCGCGCCUACGACGAGGCCGCCCUCUCCCUCCGCGGCCCCAAGGCCAAGACCAACUUCCCCCUCGACCCGCUCACCGGCUUGCCCCAGGCCGCGCCGUCGCCGGCCGCGGGAGCGGCGGCGGCGCUCCCCCGGCCCCGCCCGCGGCCGCGGCCUCGCAGCCGGCGGCGCCGCGUCCCGCCCGCUGAGGAUUUCCACGUCAACCGGCCGACGAGCAGCAGCCUGAGCAGCACGGUGGAGUCGUACAGCGGUCCCAGGGUCUCGAAUCUGGCUCCGGCGGUCCCCAGGGUCCUGGCCGUCCCCAGGGCUCCGCCGGAGGACUGCCGGAGCGACUGCGACUCGUCGUCGUCGGUGAUCGACGACGUGGACGAUUGCUGCGUGCUGGCGUCCUCGUGCUUCCGGCGAGCGUUGCCAUUCGAUCUGAACCUGCCCCCGCCGUUGGACGACGCCGAUCUUGACGGUGAUGCGCUUCGCGCCACCGCUCUGUGCCUCUGAUCUGUUGUGCGGCCUAGAUUUGAUAUCAAGUUUUCUAUUUUGGGGGUAUUUCGUCACCUUGAAACCCUCUAAUCUUGUAUCGUGUUCCGGGAAAAAUGAUAAGAGAAGUGGAGAGAUUUGGGCAUCUUUUUUUCUUUUUUCCAGAGAUAAUCUACUUAAUUUUUAGAUCUCCUGUAGAUUAUGCUUUUGUCCAUGAACUCGAUGGGCUUACGGAUAGAUUUAUGUAUCUGCUAAUCAGAUCUCGAUCUGU